AUGGCGACCGUUGGAGAGGUCUUUCAAACCAGCAGUGUCGUGAGCGUCGUGCUCUUCUUGAAAUACUUCAUCACAAACCUACGCUGGGGAUUAUUGAAAGGGAAAGCCAACAUGCGAGCGAGAGAGGAUCCCAACAACAACCCGAACGCAACGCCAGAAGACGUUGACAAGGCGACAGCUGCGGGCAGGAUUGUCCAGAAUGACAUCGAGAACAUCCCCUUCGGAUUGAUCUUUAUCUGGGGCGCGGCUCUGUGCAUCCUUGGUGUCCGAAGCUCUAUGAAAGAUUCGUCAGGGCUGUGCACCGCACACAUAGUCCUCUCGGGCAUCUUCGCUACGGCGCGUGUGGCGCACUCGAUCAUCUACAUCCUUGGCUUGGGGCUCCCGAGAAGUGCUGUCUUCAUGCUUGGCACCAUGUCCUUGUUCGGCUUGGGAAUCCUCGGCAUGGUCGCAGCGUUCGAGAUCGAGAUAUGA